AUCGGCCCCCAAUUUCUCUCCUCUUUUUAAUUGUAUGAGAGCAAUGCAAGAGAAAACAGAAGGCCAAGGCCAAAGCUAAAAAAGAUUGGAAAAAGGAAAAUCGUCUUCUCAUCAAUCAACCAAAGCUAAAAAAAAAAAAAAAAAUAGUCAAAGCCCCACAUCCUUCUCUCCUUCGAAUUUCUCUCUCUAUUCCUUCCUUUAUUUUUUUCUUUCCUCCUUCUAAAAUCCCCUUUCUCUCUCUAGAUUUCGCCCUUUUCUGCUACGAAAUCCCUAAUUUUUAUCAGAGGUCAGAGUGAUGUUGAUUUGUACAUUAUAUGUUUGAGUUUUGCUUUGACAUUUCUUCUUAGGAUUUGAUGUUGGAAGCAGUAUGCCGCUGAUAGUUGGGAGAAAUGCAAAGGUAUCAUGCUCCCAGCUGCACUAGUGCAGUUAAUAACAGUGCAAUAGGAGGAGCCUCAGUUAGGGAUACUCCCCGGGCUGAUUCAUCUUCAUUACCACCUAACUUCUCAUUGAAUUCUAGGCGGCAAUCUCAGUUAGCACCCUACAAGUUGAAGUGUGAUAAGGAACAUCUGAAUUCCAGACUUGGGCCCCCUGACUUUCAUCCUCAGACUCAGAAUUGCCCUGAGGAGACGCUCACUAGAGAAAAUGUGCAGCAUGGGUAUAAGGAUACUAUUGAUGGACUGGAGGAUUCAAAAGAGAUUUCAUUGACUCAGGUUCAGGCUUUUACAAAGCCAGUUGUUUUGAAAUGCAGAGAUGCAAUUAGAAAGUGUCUAAGGGCUAUCAAUGAAUCUCGUGCUCAAAAGAGGAAGGCUGGUCAGGCUUAUGGUGUCCCUCUUUCUGGUUCACUGUUAAGUAAACCAGGGGUUUUCCCUGAACAAAGGCCGUGCAAUGAAGAUUUCAGAAAAAAAUGGAUUGAGGGCUUAUCACUGCAACACAAGCCUUUGUGUUCUUUGGCCGAUCAAGUUCCUCAAGGAUAUAAGAAGAGACCUCUAAUAGAGGUUCUUAUCAGGAAUAAUGUUCCAUUGCUUAAAGCAACUUGGUUUAUCAAAGUAACAUAUCUUAAUCAGGUUCGUCCUGGUUCUGCAAUUUCGUCUGGAGCACCUGAUAAAACUCAAUUAUCUCGUACAGAGCUCUGGACAAAAGAUGUUAUUGAUUACUUGCAAUACCUUUUAGAUGAAUUUUUUUCGAGAAAUAAUUCUCAUUCUACUCAACAUGGUAGAGAUCGGUUGCCACAAAUGCAUUAUGCUGGGUCUUUGCAGCAUAGGAGUGAUCUGGCACCAGCAAUCAUUGAUGGUGAGGAACCGUCUCUUCAUUUUAAAUGGUGGUAUGUAGUGCGGCUCUUGCAGUGGCAUCAUGCAGAACGACUGGUUCUUCCUUCUCUCAUUAUUGAUUGGGUUCUGAAUCAACUGCAGGAAAAGGAUUUGCUUGAGAUUCUGCAGUUGCUGUUGCCUAUCAUUUAUGGAGUUUUGGAAACCAUCACUCUAUGUCAGACAUAUGUACGCAAUCUUGUGGGUGUAGCUAUUCGCUUCAUCCGUGAACCUUCUCCAGGUGGAUCUGAUUUGGUUGAUAACUCCCGGAGAGCAUACACAAUAUCUGCACUAGUUGAGAUGCUCCGCUAUUUGAUACAGGCUACACCAGAUACAUUUGUAGCUUUAGAUUGCUUUCCUUUACCUACUUGUGUACUCUCACAUACACCUAGUGAUGGUGGUUUUUUAUCUAAGCCCUCCGAUGAUGCAGCAAAAAAAAAUUAUUCAGCAGAUGCAUAUGCUGUCAGAGGUAAAGGGUUUGAUUCCCAAUACCACUCCUUGUCAUUUAAUCAUGUUGUUUCCACCGUCGAGAAACGUGCUGACAAUCUUGCUAAAGGUGCAACUGCUGGAUAUCCUAGCCAAAGUGUGGCAAAAGCAGUGCAGACCCUAGACAAGGCCCUUUUGCAAGGAGAUGUGAUAGAUGCUUAUAAACAUAUCUUCAAUGAUCUUUAUGAUGGAGCAGUUGGUGAGGGUUGGGUAGCAGAAGUCAGUCCAUGCUUAAGAUCAUCACUAAAAUGGCUUCAAACUGUGAAUUUGUCUUUGAUUUGCUCAGUUUUUUUCCUUUGUGAGUGGGCAACUUGUGAUUACCGAGACUUCCGGACUGCUCCACCCUCUGACGUGAAGUUCACUGGCAGUAAAGAUUUUUCACAAAUAUAUCUUGCAAUUCAGCUUUUGAAACUGAAGAUGAAAGAGCUGCAGAAAAAACUGAAGAAGGAAAGGGCAUCAAGAAAGAAUACCAGUCAGCAGAAUAGCUAUUCCAGCAAGGAUUUGUUGGGAGAUACACAUGAAGCUAAAAGCAAUGGAAAAUGUUUAAAUGGAAGGAGGAGGAAAUUUUCAGAUAUAUUUGACAGCCCUGGUCCUCUGCAUGAUAUUAUUGUGUGCUGGAUCGAUCAGCAUGAAGGACAUAAAGGAGAAGGUAGCAAGCGUCUUCAGCUUUUUAUGUUGGAACUCAUACGUUCUGGAAUUUUUUAUCCUCAGGCAUAUGUGAGGCAGCUAAUAGUUAGUGGAAUCAUUGAUACAAAUGGACCAAUGGCUGACCUGAACAGAAGGAAGAGACAUCAACGAAUCUUGAAGCAGCUCCCAGGGCAGUUUAUGGUUAAUGCUUUGGAAGAAGCAAGAAUUGCUGAGGGCUCAGAACUGCUUGAGGCUAUAAAUGUUUACUCAAAUGAGCGCCGUCUUGUCCUUCAGGAACUUUUUUUUGAUUCAUAUAAUAAUACAAACAAUUCUCAUGCACUAGCCAAGAAGCUAAAUUGUCAUUCUACCUCAGGAAGAGAUGUUGAUUCCCAGGUUUCAUGUGAUAAGAGGAGAACUGUUCAAGCUUCAAAGACUUUCAGGAGAGAAGUGGACCUUGAAGAACUGAAGGCUUCCAUCUCAGUUUUGCUGCAAUUCCCCAGUUCAUCUUUUUGUACUGCAGAUAGUGGAGUGGAUGAGUCUCAAGGGAGUAUCAAAAGAUCUAUUGGAUCAACACACAGCAAGAUGGAUUCUGUAGAAGGUACUCCUGGGUGUGAAGAUUGUAAAAGGGUUAAAAGACAGAAAUUAAGUGAGGAUAAGAGUUCAUGUCUUCAAGUAUCUUCACCCAUUCCAUCAGAUGAUGAAGAUACUUGGUGGGUGAGGAAGGGGCCCAAAAACUUGGAGGGUUCCAAAGUUGAUCCCUUGCUUAAGUCAACAAAGCAAGCAUCUCGUGGUAGGCAAAAGCCUGUUCGUAAAACUCAGAGUCUUGCACAGUUAGCUGCUGCUAGAAUUGAAGAUAGCCAGGGAGCAUCGACAAGUCAUGUUUGUGAUAACAAGAUAAGUUGUCCACAUCAUAGAACUGAGGUGGAAAAUUUGAAGCCAGUUGAUGGGAUCAGAACAACCCAUCAUGCAGAUAUUAUUUCGAUUGGGAGGGGUUUAAAGCAGCUUCGCUUUGUAGAGAAGAGGGUUGUCACUAUUUGGUUGCUAUCUGUAGUUAGGCAGCUUGUUGAAGAGUCAGAGAAAUCUGUCCCCAAGGCUAGCCAGUAUGGUCGACCCUUUGUUGCAGCUGAUGAGAAGAGUCCCUUAAGAUGGAAGCUUGGUGAGGAUGAGCUAUCAGCCAUUUUGUAUCUAUUGGAUGUUUCUUGUGAUUCAGCUUCAGCUGUCAAAUUUCUCCUUUGGUUGUUGCCAAAAGCUAUUAGUAAUCCCAGUCCUGCCAUUCAUAGUGGGAGAAACAUUCUAAUGGUACCCAGGAAUGUGGAAAACUAUGCUUGUGAAGUGGGGGAAGCAUAUCUUUUAUCAUCCCUCCGAAGGUAUGAGAACAUACUUAUUGCCGCAGAUCUUGUGCCUGAAGCUCUGUCUGCUACAAUGCGUCGUGUUGCUGCAUUUAUGGCCACUAACGGAAGAAUUACAGGUUCUGGAGCCCUAGUUUUUGCUUGUUAUUUGUUGAGGAGGUAUGGCAGUAUUGCCAGUGUGAUUGAAUGGGAGAAGAAUUUCAAGGGGACCUGUGAUAAAAGACUUUUGUCUGAACUUGAAUCUGGACGAACAGAGGGAGAGUUUGGAUUUCCACAUGGAGUUCCUGCCGGGACUGAAGAUCCUGAUGAUUACUGUCGUCAAAGGAUAAAUGUCGGACGGUUAUCUAGAGUUGGUGCAAGCAUGAGAGAUAUGGUUCAGCGUCAUAUUGAUGAUGUCUUGCACUAUAUCUUAGGCAAAGAGAGAAAACAUUUUGCAGCCAAUGCACCAAAAAGUCCUGCCACUGAAAAAGGGGACGAUGAUUAUCAAGUUGCUCAACAAAUUAUAAUGGGACUAAUGGACUGUUUUAGGCAGACUGGUGGUGCUUUUCAAGAAGGGGACCCGGGUUUGGUGUCUUCUGCUGUUUCUGCCAUUGUUAGCAAUGUUGGACCAACCCUAGCAAAGAUACCUGAUUUUACUAGCGGCAGCACUUAUUCAAAUUAUCAGCCGCCUAUGAAUUCCUUGAAGUUUGCUAAGCGCAUAUUGCACAUCCAUUUAAUAUGUCUAUGCCUGUUAAAGGAAGCUCUUGGAGAGCGCAAAAGCCAAGCAUUUGAGAUAGCUCUUGCAACUGAGGCUUUUUCUGCUUUAGCUGUAGCAUUUGCUCCUGCAAAGUCCUCUCGGGGUCAGUUGUUGUCUCCUGAUUCUCUUGAUUCUCAUACAAAUAUAUCUAAUGACAAUUCGCACAGUUCUGCUAAAGCGACUCUUGGGAGAACUACCAAAAUGGCAGCUGUUUCUGCCCUUGUCAUUGGUGCCAUUAUUCAUGGGGUUAUUAGCUUAGAGAGAAUGGUGUCUGUCUUAAGAUUAAAGGAAGGAUUGGAUGUUGUUCAAUUUGUAAGGAGCACAAAAACCAGCUCUAAUGGUAAUGCCCGAUCUGUUGGGGCUUUUAAGGUGGACAACUCAGUUGAAGUAUAUGUGCACUUGUUUCGGCUAUUUGUUGGGAACUGUAGAACUGUUUGUGAUGGACUAGUAUUGGAGCUCUUGGGUGAACAAUCAGUUUUAGCUCUUUCAAGGAUGCAGAGAUUGCUCCCAAUUAAUUUGGUCUUUCCACCAGCUUAUGCCAUAUUUGCAUUUAUGAUAUGGAAGCCAUUCAUCUUGAACAGUAACACUGCAAGAAGUGAAGAUAUUCAUCAAUUGUAUCAGUCUUUAACAAUGGCCAUUGGUGAUGCCAUAAAACACAGACCUUUUCGAGAUGUUUGUAUGAGGGAUACUCGUGGUUUUUAUGAUAUUGUAGCUGCAGAUACAACUGAUGCUGAGUUUGCUGCCAUGCUAGAGUUGAAUGGUUUGGACAUGCAUUUGAAAUCCAUGGCCUUUGUCCCUCUUCGUGCAAGGCUCUUUCUAAAUGCUAUAAUUGAUUGUAAAAUGCCUAAUUCUGCUUUUACACAGGAUGAUGGGAAUAGGGUUUCUGGACAUAGUGAGCCUAAAGCUCUUCGUGCAGAGACAUCUAAGCUUUUGGAUAAGCUUGUUUGUGCACUGGACACUCUUCAACCUGCUAAGUUUCAUUGGCAGUGGGUUGAGUUAAGGCUCCUUUUAAAUGAACAAGCACUUAUUGAUAAGAUUGAGAAUCAUGACAUGUCCUUAGUGGAUGCUAUUCGCUCUUCCUCACCUAGUUCUGAAAGAGCUUCUCCUUCUGAGAGUGAGAAAGUUUUCAUCGAAAUUAUUCUUACCAGAUUGUUGGUCAGACCUGAUGCUGCUCCCCUUUUCUCAGAGGUGGUUCAUCUUUUUGGGAGAUCAUUAGAGGAUUCGAUGUUGAUGCAGGCUAAAUGGUUCUUAGGUGGCCUGGAUGUUCUUUUGGGACGGAAAACUGUUAGGCAACGGCUCAGUAAUAUUGCUGAAAAUAAAAACCUUUCUACCAAGUCACAGUUCUGGAAGCCUUGGGGUUGGUCCUAUUCUGGUGCUGAUCCUGUAACAAACAGUGGAGAGAAGAGAAAGUCUGAAGUCACAUCUCUUGAGGAAGGCGAAGUCAUUGAGGAGGGCAUGGAGUCAAAGGGGUGUGUGAAAGGGUCCACUCAAGUCGAUAUUGAGGGUUCUGGUAUCAAUCAGCAGCAUGUAACUGAGAAGGCUUUCAUUGAAUUAGUUAUUCCUUGCAUAGACCAAAGCUCUGCUGACUCACACAAUACCUUUGCAAGUGAUUUGAUAAAGCAGUUUAACACCAUUGAGCAACAGAUAAACUCAGUUACUCGUGGUGUAAGCAAGCAGACUGGCACUGCUUCUUCUGGAAUUGAAGGUCCUACUAAUAAAAUUAACAAUCGCAAAGGCAUAAGAGGUGGUAGCCCUGGAUUGGCUAAACGAACACCAGCUCCUGUGGAGUCUGCUCCGCCUCCUUCCCCUGCAGCUUUGCGAGCUUCUAUGUCAUUGAGGUUGCAGUUUAUUGUGAGAUUGCUGCCAAUCAUAUGUGCAGAUGGGGAACCAUCAGCGCGAAGCAUGAGGAAUAUGCUUGCCUCUGUAAUACUUCGAUUACUCGGAAGCAGGGUUGUGCAUGAGGAUGUUGACCUAUCUUCUAAUCUUGCACAGUUGAAGAGGGACAUGGAGCUGAUGCCAAUUGUUGCAUCCACGGAAAUGUCUGGAGAUAGUCUUUUUGAUCGCUUAUCGUUAGUUUUGCAUGGGUUGUUAAGCAGUUGCAAGCCAAGUUGGCUGAAGUCAAAGGAUGCCAAGGAUUUUUCUGGAUUUGACCGUGAAGCAGUGGAGGGUCUGCAGAAUGAAUUAGAUUCUAUGCAAUUGCCUGAGAUGAUUAGAUGGCGAAUCCAAGCCGCAAUGCCUAUAUUAUUUCCUUCUUUUCACAAUACAGUCUCCUGCCAACCACCUUCUGUCCCUAUUGGUGCUCUUAGUUUGCUUCAACCCAGCAUCUGUGUCCCUGGAUCUUACACUGGAACUAUUAAUCCACCUCAGAGACAGGUUGCGUCAGCACGAAAUGCAAAUAAUAUGCCAGGAAAAUCCAAGUUAGUGCUAUCACAAGAGAAUGAUAUGGAAAUUGACCCAUGGACACUUUUGGAAGACGGAGCAGGAUCAGGUCCAUCUUCAAGUAGCACUGCAGCCAUUGGAGGCAGUGACAAUGCUAAUCUUCGAGCUUCAAGUUGGCUCAAGGGGGCUGUAAGAGUGAGACGGACAGACCCGUCGUAUAUUGGUGCUGUGGAUGAUGAUAGCUGAUUUUAGGUUCAACUAUGUUUUUAGAUUUGGUCUUAAGGAAUAGCAAGGCCCCUCACAACAGGUAAAUUAAAGCGUUAUUUGUUGUGCACAUUGGUCUUGCCUGUCCCAUGUUUUACAGUGGGGGGGGGGGGGGAUUUUGUUUUUCACAUUUUGGUUGGGCAUACUGGAAUCCUUGUGAAAGAAUGUGAUGAUGUAGUGAUGUAGGCCAUCUUCUAUUCAGCAUUGCAGAUUGACUGUCAUUUUAUGCCCCUGCCGUCUGGGCCGUAUGUACUCACAGGUGCGGUUCAGAGGCUUUGUUGUAUAUAUAGAGGAUAAUUGUUUCAGUUUACCAAUUGAUCAGGUAUAAUAUCCCAAGAAAUUACAUGUA